GGGCUCAACUGGGAGAAUGAAUGCGGGUGGGCCUUGGCAGGCUCAUCUCUGGUUGCGUUCAAUUCAUCACCUGCGUGAAGUGGCAAUGUUGGCCAUGGCUGAAUCAAAAGCGAACAACGAAGAUGAUGACUACAUGGGUGACCUUUCUAGGUUUCUUCCUACCGAUUCUAUUCAACCUCCAAAUCCAAACACUUCUUCAAAAUGGAUUUCUGACAAAAAAGGUCCUUCAAUAAACUCUUCCAAGAGUCAAUUGAAAGCUCUAAACUGGCAAGAACGGCGAAAAAUUGAAAGAGAAAGGAAGCAAAUACAAGAGGAUGAACAAACAUUAGCAAAAGUUGAAGCUCCAAUACCACAAUCCAACAUUGGGUUUAAGCUUCUCCAAAAUAUGGGUUAUACUCCAGGUUCUGCCCUUGGCAAGGAGGGCUCAGGCAGGGCUGAACCGGUAGGGAUUGAAAUUCGACGGUCACGAGCUGGUAUAGGCUUAGAGGAUCCCCAUAAGGAGAAGAAGAAAAGGGAGGAAAUCACAAUCCACAGGAAAAGGAGGAAUGAGGAGGCUCUGAUGGAAGAAUUUGGGUCUAGGCAGAAAUCGCGGUGGAAGAGUAGGAGAGUUAUUGUUAAUUUUAAUAAGGCUAAGGCUGCCCUUGACCAAUUGGAGAAUCGGGAAAUUGUAGAGCCACCAAAGAAUGAGGAUGAUGCCGAGGCUGAAGAUGAAGAAGAGGAAGAAGAAAUAACAGAAGAGGACUUGCUCGAUGUUUUGAUGAAACUGAGGGAUGAGUACAAUUACUGCCUCUUCUGCGGAUGUAAAUAUGAAUCAAGUUCUGUCCUCUUGGAUAACUGCCCUGGAAUCAAUGAAGAUGACCACUGAAUUUAGGUCUCUUAAGUACAACAGACUCUAUCUUGUUUGCUCUUUUUGUCAAGCAAUCACUGAUAGCUCUAAAUGAUCUGAAAAUUUAUUAGUGUAUCUAUCUCUCUUAAAGUUUAGUGGUCUCAAUUUGGUAAAUUAUGACUUUUUUUUUAAUCUGUCAUUUGAUGUUGAAAAUGAACUAAUGCAGACUUCAUUUACUUCUCUGCUAAACUGAUUUUCAAGUUGCACCCUUCCACAAAUUAUUGGCAAAAGCAAGGUCUCAUUGCCAUCAACACCACUCUAUGUCCAUUCAACCAGCUCUGUUGCCUUAUAAUAAUCGGUAAGGAGCCACAAUUCUUCAGCAGCAGCAGCAGCUUGUGUUUCAUUUGAUUGACCCUGGCAAUUAUACAACUGAAAUCGAAAGUUUAAAUUUAAAUUCCAGAGACCUGAUAUCUUUUCAAUGCCAUUGUAAGAGUAUUUUGAGUACAAAUACAUCGUUAAAUAUCGCAAGUCAUUGAAUACUAUUA